UGAUGAGGGCAAAGCCCUUGACGAAGCGCUGGCGUCGGAGGCGGAGCGAUCGGCGAAGCUCGGUCGAUUAAAGGCUGCUGCUGUCGCAUUAACAGAGAGGCAUACGGGUUCUAAUUCGGAGAACUUCGAUAUGGAGCUUGAAGAUCAAAGCGGUCAGAAACUACAGAUUGGAUCUGAAACUGAUCAUAGGGGAGCUAUGAUGGGAGUAAUGCUUCAUACAAAGGGUAAAAACCUUAUUGAGAAAGAGAAAAUCAAAGAUGCUUUGGAGGUGCUUCUUAUGGCAGAGGAAGCUUUCUCUCUUUGUGCGCCAAAGCUAGUCGAGAUGAUUGAUAACAUCCCAAUACUUCAACUAGAUAUAGUGUGGUGUUACUUUCUGCUUAAGGACAUAUCUUGCCUAUCAGUGGCAGGAGCUCGUCUGGCAAAAGCUAGAUUAGGUUUUGAACGCUCUCAUGGUAAGGACUUCACUCGGUUCAGGGCCCUACAAGAUGGUCGCCAUCAAGAUCUUGCCAUAUACUUGAGGUUGGAGCUCCUCGAAGGAGUUGUGGCUUAUCAUAGCGGCAAUCAUGAAGAAUCUCGCAAAGCAUUGAAUUCAGCGCUGUCUAAAUAUAAUCAGCUUCAAGUGUCAGAUGAAGCCUUAUCACAGCUGAUGGGCAUGGGCUACAAAGAAAAGGCAGCAAAGAGAGCACUAAAAAUGACUGGGCAAGAUAUGGAGAGUGCUGUAGGUUUCCUUGUUGAAGAACGGGCAAAAAAAAUGCGCAGAUAUGAGGAGGAUAAACAACGCCGCGAGGAGAAGAGGGAGCAAAAAUUAUAUGGCACCACUCCAAUGAAGAAGGCUGUAGAUAUCAAAAGGUUGAAUGAGUUGGCCUCCAUUGGGUUUGAUAGGGAGCUUGCUGCUGAAGCACUUCGAGUAAAUGAAAAUGACACCCAACUGGCCUUGGAUCACUUAACAGAUCCUGACAAGAACUGUAAACUUCAGAGUAAAAUUGAGUCAAGGAGACAAGCAAGAGCUCAAAGAGCUGCUGUACAAGGGUUAUCGGAGGUUGCUGCACAAGGAAAUGCCAUACGAGGCUCAGCAGAGGUUGCUGCGCUAGGAGAUACUGCGCAGGGCUCAGCAGAGGUUGCUGCUGAAGUUGCGGCUGUAGCUGCUGCUGUUGAGGACACUAAUCCCAUCGAUUUUGAGAUGGAGGAUGAACUUAUUCGUAACCUCAAAGGAGAUGCAAUAGCAGACUAUGACAUUGAAGUUACCAAAGAAGGAGAAGCCAUAGCAGAAUACUUGUCUCUGCUAGAUUCCUCCGGUCAACAGUCAAUUGGGUCUUCAUCAUUGUAGAAUGUCGAGACAUUCGCAAUUGAUUAGGUAAAUAUGUUAAAAUGUAGCUUGUUUCCUACUUCUUUGUAGUUUCUAAGCUUCAUAUAGGUAAAUAUGUUUAAAUGUAACUUGUUUCCUACUUUAUAGUUUCUAAGCUUCGUAUAAGUGCAGGGUUUAUGUAAAAAUGUAAGUGAUGCUUUAUGAAAGGAAGCGCUUUUGCUGCUA